AAAGCCGGAAGCUUUGCGGCAUGGCGGAGGCGGCGGAGGCGGGCGUGGCGGCGGCGGGGGCGGCGUCGGCGCUGCUGGACCUGCCGGAGCCGCUGCUGCUGCUCAUCCUCGGCUCCCUCCACGACCCGCGCUCGCGGCACCGGGCCUCCAUGGCCUGCCGCCGGCUGCUGGCGGCGGAGCGGGCGACGCGGGCCGCGAUGGCGCUCCGCGGCGACCCGAGGACGCCCGACUUCCUCCUGCUCCCGCCGGCCUUCUGCUUCCCGGCGCUCGAGCGGCUCGACCUCUCCCUCGCCUCGCCCUGGGGCCACCCGCUGCUCUCGUCCGCCUCGCGCGUCGCGGGGGCGCCGGCCUCCGCCUCCUCCAACCACCUCCCGCUCAGCCCGGAGGAGGCCGCCGAGCGCAACGCCUUCGUCGCGGCGCGCCUCGCCGCCUACUUCCCCGCCGUGGCCCGCCUCGCCGUCUACUGCCGCGACCCCUCCACGCUCGCCAGCCUCGCGCCCUGCUGGCGGGCCACGCUCCGCGCCGUCAAGCUCGUGCGCUGGCACCAGCGGCCGCUCGACCUCCCCGGCGGCGCGGAUCUCGAGCCGCUGCUCGGGUCCUGCCCCGCACUCGCGGCCCUCGACCUCUCCGAGUUCUACUGCUGGACGGAGGACGUCGUGCCGGCGCUCGACGCGCACCCGGCCGCCGCCGCCAGGCUCACCGACCUCGACCUCGGCCUCGCCGGCGCCUCCAACGGCUUCCACGCCGCCGAGCUCGGGGCCAUCGCGACCGCCUGCCCCGGCCUCCGGAGGCUCGUCGCGCCCUGCGUCUUCAACCCCCGCUACGUCGACCACGUCGGCGACGACGCGCUGCGCUCGCUCGCCGUCAGCUGCCCCCGGCUCACCGUCCUGCGCCUCAGCGAGCCCUUCGAGCCGGCGUCCACCAGCCAGCGGGAGGAGGCGGGCAUUACCGCCGUGGGGCUCGUCGCCUUCUUUGCCGCGCUCCCUGGGCUGGAGGACCUCACGCUGGACCUCCAGCACAAUGUGCUCGAGGCAGCUCCGGCGAUGGAGGAGCUCGCACGCAGGUGCCCGCGGAUCAAGGUCCUGACGCUGGGGUGCUUCCAGGGGCUGUGCAAGGCCGCCUGGUUGCAUCUCGACGGCGUCGCCGUGUGCGGCGGGCUGGAGUUGCUCUGCAUCAAGAAUUGCGAGGAUCUCACCGACGCCAGCCUUGCGGCGAUCGGCCGUGGCUGUGGGAGGCUUGCCAAGUUUGCCAUCCAAGGAUGUAACCUUGUCACGUCAGAUGGGAUCAGGAGGCUAGCUGUGGCGCUCCGGCCGACAUUGAAGGAGGUCAGUGUGCUGCACUGCCGGUUUCUGCACACUGCAGCAUGCCUUGCUGCUCUGAACCCGAUCCGCGAUCGGAUUGAGAGCCUUGAGAUCAACUGUGACUGGGAGGAGGUUGAACAGCCCAGCUCCAGCUGCGUGGCCAAUGGCACAACCGGAAGUGAUCAUGAGGAUGACGAGCCUAGUGAAAUGGCGUACCAGUCCGCGCCCAAGAAAUGCAGGUUCUCCUACUUGGAAAUGGAUAAUUAUGAAAGCUGGGAAAUGCUCCGCUCACUCUCCCUUUGGUGCCCUGCUGGUCAGCUGCUCUCCCCGCUCAUUUCUGCCGGGCUCGAUAGCUGCCCUGUUCUUGAGAAGAUCUCGAUUAAGGUGGAGGGCGAUCUUCGGACUUGUCCGCGUCCAUUUCAUGGGUCAGCUUUUGGCUUAAGCGACCUUGGAGCCUUCCAGGCGUUGGCCAAGAUGAAACUGGACCUCAGCGAAGCGGUGGGUUAUGCACUCACCGCGCCAACGGGGCAUAUGGAUCUUUCACAGUGGGAGCGGUUUUAUCUGAGCGGUAUCGAGUCAUUGCUGAGUUUGUAUGAACUGGACUACUGGCCGCCCCAAGACAAGGAUGUGAACCACCGGAGCCUGUCACUGCCAGCGGUCGCAUUGUUCCAGCACUCCAUCGGACUCAGGAAGCUCUUCAUCCAUGGCACCACACACGAGCACUUCAUGAGCUUCUUCCAGAAAAUGCCAAACUUGAGGGACGUGCAGCUAAGGGAGGACUACUAUCCAGCACCGGAGAACGACAUGAUGAUCACAGAGAUGCGGGCUGAAUCUUGUCUCCGGUUCGAGCAGCAGCUGAACAACCGGCAAUUUCGGCAAAUUCCUGAUUGAUGCUGAAUUGGCAAUUUCGGCAAAUUCCUGAUUAGUGCUGAAUUGGGUGCACCAUUACAGUGUUUCGAGGUUGAAUACAUCAACACAGAGAGCCCUUGCUCUUGUAUAGUCACCCAGAGUGCUACUCAUGUAUGAGUGUAGUAACUGGAAUUGCUGAGUCCAUUGAUGAUAAGAGUAGAAGACAAUGCCUGAUCAAGUGACAGUGGAGGCAAGAUGAUAAGUUAGCAUUCGAGGGAAUUUUGUCAAGGGAAAAAGUUUUUUAUUUAUUUUCAAGCUGAGCUCAGUUGAACUGCGGCAAGAGAAAUUGGCGUUAUUAUUCUGGUUUGAGCAUGAGUUCAAACUGCAUGGCAAACAGGCUUACAAGCUGCUAUACUAAGUACUGAAAUGAGAUGAACUUGUAACACCUGACAGAAGAAAGUUCAGCCCGCCAUUAAGAAUUCAGUCUGAUCGCCCCGCCACUACAGAAGUACACAGUGCUCAAAUUAACUUUCUUCCUUGUUGAUGCAGGCAUCAAAGAUCAAAGGAGCUUCUGCAAGGUCCAAGCAAGCAGCCCAUCAUCAGAGCAGACUAGCACAAUUUGCUGAUAGGAGUACUUGUUAACCCAAAGGCCCCGAACUAACUGAGGAGUGGUUCCGCAAAUCAUAGCAUGACAAGGAGGACAGGACAGGACGGAGAGGCGUGCCGCGGAACAAGAUCGGGCAUCAGAACAUAUUGCAGAAGAUCUCGUAUGGACGCGCGCCCUUCCAAGCUCCGAUCCCAGGUGCGUUUUGUCAAAGUGAGGUCCCAACGAUUCUCCUCUUUGAGCUGCUGCCAUUGGAGGGAAAGGCACCCAGCCAAGCACUCUGGCUGCGUACUCUUGGUGACAGAGAGGCCUCUGUUUGUCCCAAUCUAAUGUGCGAGCAGCGCGUGCGCUAACACUAAUGCCUUCUUUUCGGGGGGUUAAGUACUUAAGCUGGAGGCGCCUCAGUGGAGGAGGAGGAUGCUGGUGCUGUAUAGAGAAUUCAGUGCAAAGCUGGCUGCCGUCUGGAAGGGCCAGAUCGAUUGGGCCGCCGUGGAAGAAGAAACGCCGCGGCGGUUGCACGCUGCGGUACUGAUCAAGAGGUUGCACGGUGGGUCGCGCCUCCCUUUUGUCGUGCGGUUUAUCCAUCCGUGUAUGAACCAAAGCUCAAAAAGCAGCCGCAGAUUCUCAAUGCCAUUCCAUUCCAUUCCAUUCCAUGAGUCGGAAAUAUUCGGCAAGUGCCUGCCUGCCUGCUGACAAGUGAUUCCGAGGUCAGAUCGAUUUGCCGAUGGAUGGACGCUUGCUCGAUCGUGGGUUCGGGCGAUGCUGCCAGCAAAAGCGCAAAGCAUGUGCAUGUGCAGCUGUGUAUGCAUGCAUGCACCUUGCUCGGAAAGGAGAAAGAGCUGCUGGCUUGGUUUUCCGUUGGUGUUAUCCUCAGCGUGAUUUGAACGAUGCUUUUGGGAUGCUUCCAAAUUAUUUUGGGCCGCUGCUACUUCAUUUUGAUCCAAGGGCAAAAUUUUCCUAGCUUGCCAUUUAUUUGUUUA